AUGUCCUUGGAACAUGAGGAGCUGUUCAUGGAUAGGCUCCCCAAGGGAGAUAUUCCCAAGUCGAAGGAAGAGAAGGAGUUCGAGAAAAUUUUAAAUGAAAAACUGGAGAAAAUGACUGAGCGUAAUAGGAUGUAUCUUGAAGAUUUGUUCAAGGCACUGAGAUCAACUCCGGUAAAUAUAAAAAACGCACAGGUGACAAAUUCACAAGGCUUUAGAGAUGGAUUUGUAUCCUCUCAAUUAAAUCCAUUGUUGGGACUGAGAUUGACUACUCUAGAGGAAUUCUUAACCAACAUCGAGUCGGUAUCUAGAAAUUUCACUAAAUUAAAUUUGGUUGAAAAUAUGGUUGUUUCGCUAAACAGCUUACCCAAAGGUCUUUUUGGUUCUAGAGAUCCUACGUCUAUUGACUUGGUUCCAGUAUUUAACAUCAUACCUUCAAAAAAGUUUUAUGCAAAGACUGGAACAAAUAUUGGUAAUGGAGAAGGAGACGGAUACAUUCAAUUUCAAUUCAAAAAUCUUUUUGGAGGAGCUGAAAACUUGAUCUUCGAUGCUAUCACGGGAACAAAAACACAGUCUUCAUAUUUGGUGAACUAUAACCAACCCAUAUUAAACAAUGCCAAUUACAUCUUUGAAAACUCAGCAUUCAUGAAUACGAGAAAAAUGGACCAUUUACAAUCAGAAGCAAAUGUUAAGGGGAUUUCUACAAAACUCUAUACUCAAUUUGAUAGCCCUGUUAAUCAUGAAUUAGUAUUCGAAAAUUGCUGGAAGAUACUCAGAAAUAUGAACUCAAGAUCUACCGACGUUUUGAGCCAAGCAGGAUCUAAUAUCAAGUCAUCUUUAAUUUAUAACUGGAAGUUUGACAGUCGUGACAAUCAACAUUUGCCACUGAAUGGAUCUCUUUAUAGAUUGGGCUUAGAAUAUAAUGGUUGGUUCAAGUUCAACAAAUCACCUUUCAUGAAAGUUGUCUUGGAAUCUCAAAAUACUAUGAAAUUGAACAAACAUCACUCAUUUAUAUUAACCAAUAAAUCUGGUCUUUUACUUCCUUUUAACGGCCAAUCAUAUGUGCUUGAUAGAUUUUAUGUUGGUGGACCUAAUGAUGUAAGAUCGUUCUUGUUGAACGGAAUUGGACCAAAACAGUACGGUUCCUCUGUUGGAGGCGACGUUUUUCUUAAAGGCGGGAUAUCAUUAGUAUCAAAAUUCCCUAGAGUUAGCGAAGACUCCAAUUUCAAGUUGCACAGUUUUAUUAACUACGGAAAGUUGAUACUGUACGACAAAUCAAAAACAGCAUUCGAGCUCGUAAGGCAGCUUACGUCCGAACACUCGGUUGGGUGCGGAUUUGGUAUUCUCUAUAAUCAUCCAAUGGCAAGAUUCGAGUUGAAUUUCGUUCUCCCAAUUGCCAUCCAUGAAAGAGACGGUAUCAGAAAAGGUCUACAGUACGGUAUUGGGUUGACAUUCUUGUAA